ACACGUAGUAGAAUUCACGUGAACGCGGUUUAGAGUACAGAAUUGGUUAAGUAUUGUCGGUCGAAAACUUUUCUGCAACAAUAAUAACAAAGAGCUGCAGAAAAUCAUUGCAUCUUCCGGAAAUAGCAUAAUAGCUAUUAACCGAAUACACGCAUAGUUCAUGCAGCGGCACGAAUAACUUUUAUAAGGGUAAGUAGAUUCUGCAUCAAGAAAGAAAGGUGUAUUAAAAAAAAUGUUAUGAUGGCUCUUUUCCACGCAUUUGCUGAAUUUUACUGCCCAACUGAGCGGGAUAACUAUCAAAGAAGUGUGCAGGCUUAUAACUAUCAAAAACAUGAGGAAACGUGUCGGAUAAGUACGACGAAAGAAGAGGCGAGUGAAAAUGCGCUAGAGUUGAUUAAAAAUGAGGAAUUAGCAAAACUGAAGGUGGAAAAAAAGGAUGCUAAGAAAAAACGGCAGAAAGAAAAAAAGAAAGUAGAAAAGGAGAGUCACAGUUCAAAUGCAGAGAAUAAAGAAAAAAUUAUUGCACAGUCAAAAACAAAUUUGAACUCCGUUUCAAGUUCUGACACUAUCGUGAGUGAAACCGCUGCUAAUGAAUCAGAUGAAAAGGUAGAAAUUAUUGACCAAGAAGAGGAUGCCGAUGACGAAUUUUUGGACAUUAAUGCCGCGUUUGUUAAAGUCUCUGUAAAGCCGAAUAAACAUAUCGCUCCAAAUAAACCAAUCCUAUCUAAACCAGACAAAGUUAAGCCACCUGAAGCUAUUAAGAGUUCUGCAUCGUUGCCCCAAUCCGAUAAGCUGAACAUGAGCAAAGCAAACCAUCAGACAGCUGAAAAAUUGGGCAUUCAAAGCAACCAUGUUGCUCUUGUCGAUAAAGAUUUUCAUCGAGCAGUUGAGCUUUUGACUCGGGCCAUUUUCCUUGCUCCAGAUGACCCUCGCCAUUAUCUUAAUCGUAGCUACUGCUACCUUAGACUUGGUCAAUAUACUGCAGCAUUGAACGACGCUCAAUUUGUGAAAAAGAAUGCGCGGACAAUGGAGCAAUCUAUAAAGGCUCUUGCCCGCGAAGGGCAAGCCCUGCAUGGAUUACAACAAUACCACGAAGCAGAAAAAUGUUUCGAGGAAGUAUUGAAGCUAGAUAAACGAAAUGACUGGGUACUCACAGAAUUAAUUCUGGUACGGUCGAUGCAACUUACAAGUAUGGGUUUUUCUAAAAUAGACUCUCUAAAGGCUCUGCAACAAUGUUCAUCUGUUAUUGAUGCCGUGACAUUGUUGACAUCAGGAAAUAUCAGUAUUUCAGAAACAGAAAGUAAUGUUAAUACGUCAGAGAUCCAAAAUUGUGAUGGCGAUGAAGUUUAUUUUUCUGACGGCGAAUCAAGUAGCACAAUUUUACUAUCCAAAUUGGUAUCUGACAUAUCAUACGAAUCUAGUUAUUAUAAACAUCUACGAUCCCAGCCGCUUUCCUCCUCUAAGGCCCAAGAGUUUUGUAGCGGCUCGGAAAGAUCAUUAAACAGUAGCGUUUCUAUGGAAUCCCUUCCGCGAACCAAUGGCAAUGAUGAGUGGGAAGUUCAGGGUAAUUCAAAAUCUCUACCGAUUACUCAUAAACCUCAAAAACAAAAAGUCGCAGCAAGUGAUAGCACUUCCAUCUGGGUUGGCAAUAUAGAUAAGAAUAUUACCGACCUUAAAUUGCGGGAAUUAUUUUCAAGAUUUGGCCCUAUAAACUAUAUUCGAAGAUUCCAGGAUAAACAUUUUGUGUUUAUUGAUUUCAAUAGUAAAAAAGCCGCAACCAAAGCAUUAAAUAGCAUGAUAAAUUUUGAAGUCAAAGGAAUAAAAUUACCAGUAAAACCAGCUACUCUUACAAAGAAAUGAAUCCAUUUAUCAUUAUAUCAAUAACGGGAUUUGCCAUCACUUUAAUUAUUUCGUAUUUAGCAUAUACUGAACCUGAUUCGUAAUGCGAAAUCUGGUGAAAAAAAAACUGCUCUUAUUUUUAAUAUUCGUAUGCUUAAAUUGUGUGAUUUAAAAUCAAAAG